UGGAACUCAUCUAGAAGAUGCUAUAUGGACGUAUGUGACGCUUCCUUUUUGUUUACAUAUUACAAGACAACGGUCACGAUACUCAAUCUACUUUCUGCUUAUAUCAACUCGAAGUACAGCGAAGAAUUGGCCGCUGAGUGUCUGGAAUGGAUCAAGGAGGUGACCGGUGAACCAAUCAACACCUCCGGCGAGAUGGACAACUUCUACGAGGUGCUCAAGGAUGGAGUACUGCUGAGCAACCUGUGCAACGCCAUCGAAGCCGGCUCGGUGAAGAAGAUCAACACCAGCAAAAUGGCAUUCAAGUGCAUGGAGAACAUUUCCGCCUUCCUGGAGUGUGCCAAAAAAUUCGGCGUCCCCCCGCAGGAAACCUUCCAGACGGUGGAUCUGUGGGAGCGGCAAAACCUGAACUCGGUCGUCAUCUGUCUCCAGUCGCUGGGCAGGAAAGCCGGCAAGUAUGGCAAGCCUUCGAUUGGACCGAAGGAGGCGGACAAGAACGAGCGCCAGUUCUCGGACGAGCAACUGCGGGCCGGACAGACGGUCAUCUCGUUGCAGUAUGGUUCCAACAAAGGUGCCACGCAGAGCGGAAUCAACUUCGGUAACACUAGACACAUGUAAGCGUUCGUGGUGUCUUGGUUUUAUCGAUUCAAUUUGAAUAAGCAGUUACAGUAAGAAAAAAGUUUUUGAAAAUUCUUGUAACGUCAACGAAUUUUGUAGCAUUCACAUGCUACACUGGUUUUGUAACCUACAGUACCAUCAGAGACAUAUUUUAUUAUAUCACUGUUAGAGGCGGACGAGGUCUUCUUCGUACCUUGUCCGUCAACCAAGUUAAUGCUGUUGAAAAAAGUAGGAUUCAAAAAUCCCUAAACCAUAUACAAAAGUUCAGGUAGUAAAGCUAAAAGUUUCACACAAAAAUGAAUGUAUAGAUAAAGAAAUUCCGUUACGAGACAAUGUCUAUUUCCAGUUACACAAAGACAGCCUUCAUCCUUAUAGUAGGUGACAAAAUUAGAGUGCCCUUAUUACACAAAGAUGUAGAGCAAAAAAUAUUUUCUCGAUAGUCGACAAAAAACGAUAGCGAAAGCCUGUUCCAUUCCAUUUCUACCCGGAAGCUAAUGUCGGUUCGUUUUUACCAUACAAACCUAGGUCUUACUCAUUCCAGAUAUGUCGUAUUGUAUUGAAGCAACACAUUCCAACGGUAGCAACUGUAUAGAGCAGAAGUUCAAUAGAAAUAGAGAUAAUAGUCAUGCCAAAUUAGCGUGUUUUUGAAACAGUAUAUAUAAAUGCAUAUUUUUGGUGCCAUCAGCAGCAAGCAGAACAGAAACUAAUCAAUCUAUUUAUUAUAUACUCUCGUUGAAAUGUAUCAACAGUAAAACACGUAUAUCAAUCAAUCAGUAAUGUGAGGGAAACAGCAUUUUUUAUGUUUAGUACGAUUUUUGUUCGGGGUUGGUUACUUAAACUCAGGCUGACAAUCGAGAAAAAAACUGGUAAUGCAUUGGACCAUAAGAAGGCCUUACGAUGUGGUAGAAUGAAUUGGAGGAUUAGAAAGAUGAUUCGCAUUUUUAUAUACAUAUCCGUAUUAUUUUUACAAAUUAUAAUAAACCAACGGGAAAUCAAUUUGCCAUUGCUGUCUCUAUUUGUUUUUUUUUUCAUUUUGUUUUGUUCGUGUGGAAACCGAUGUAUUAAUAUUUAUCCGUACUUUCGUAAAUUAUUGAACCGUAAAUUUUCGAUUUUUGCUUUCAUUUUUUCAUGUUUUUGGAUAAGUUAUUGUUUAAAAAUAGAACUUAAACACCA